ACCACAGCUCCUCCCACUACAACCACAGCUGCACCUACAACUACCACAGAGGCUCCAACAACGACCACAGAUUCUCCCACUACAACCACAGCUGCACCUACAACUACCACAGAGGCUCCAACAACAACCACAGAUUCUCCCACUACAACCACAGCUGGCCCUACAACUACCACAGAGGCUCCAACAACGACAACAGCUGAUCCCACUACAACCACAGCUGCACCUACAACUACAACAGAGGUUGCAACAAGUACUACAGCUGCUCCCACUACAACAACAGCUGCCUCAACAACUACUACAGCCGCUCCUACUACAACCACAGCUGCCCCAACAACUACCACAGAGUCUCCAACAACGACAACAGCCGCUCCUACUACAACCUCAGCUGCCCCUACAACUACAACAGAGGCUCCCACUACAACCACAGCUGCACCUACAACAACAACAGAGGCUCCAACAACAACCACAGCUGCUCCCACUACAACCACAGCUGCCUCUACGACUACCACAGAGGCUCCAACAACGACCACAGAUUCUUCCACUACAACCACAGCUGGCCCUACAACUACCACAGAGGCUCCAACAACGACAACAGCUGAUCCCACUACAACCACAGCUGCACCUACAACAACUACCACAGAGGCUCCAACAACGACCACAGAUUCUCCCACUACAACCACAGCUGCACCUACAACUACCACAGAGGCUACAACAACGACAACAGCUACUCCCACUACAAUCACAGCUGCACCUACAACUACAACAGAGGCUCCAACAACGACAACAGCUGAUCCCACUACAACCACAGCUGCACCUACAACUACAACAGAGGCUGCAACAACUACUACAGAGGCUCCAACAACAACAACAGAGGCUCCAACAACGACAACAGCUGAUCCCACUACAACCACAGCUGCACCUACAACUACCACAGAGGCUCCAACAACGACCACAGAUUCUCCCACUACAACCACAGCUGCACCUACAACAACAACAGAGGCUCCAACAACAACCACAGCUCCUCCCACUACAACCACAGCUGCACCUACAACUACCACAGAGGCUCCAACAACGACCACAGAUUCUCCCACUACAACCACAGCUGCACCUACAACUACCACAGAGGCUCCAACAACAACCACAGAUUCUCCCACUACAACCACAGCUGCUGCACCUACAACAACAACAGAGGCUCCAACAACAACCACAGCUCCUCCCACUACAACCACAGCUGCACCUACAACUACCACAGAGGCUCCAACAACGACCACAGAUUCUCCCACUACAACCACAGCUGCACCUACAACUACCACAGAGGCUCCAACAACAACCACAGAUUCUCCCACUACAACCACAGCUGCACCUACAACAACAACAGAGGCUCCAACAACAACCACAGCUCCUCCCACUACAACCACAGCUGCACCUACAACUACCACAGAGGCUCCAACAACGACAACAGCUGAUCCCACUACAACCACAGCUCCUCCCACUACAACCACAGCUGCACCUACAACUACCACAGAGGCUCCAACAACGACCACAGAUUCUCCCACUACAACCACAGCUGCACCUACAACUACCACAGAGGCUCCAACAACAACCACAGAUUCUCCCACUACAACCACUGCUGGCCCUACAACUACCACAGAGGCUCCAACAACGACAACAGCUGAUCCCACUACAACCACAGCUGCACCUACAACUACAACAGAGGUUGCAACAAGUACUACAGCUGCUCCCACUACAACAACAGCUGCCUCAACAACUACUACAGCCGCUCCUACUACAACCACAGCUGCCCCAACAACUACCACAGAGUCUCCAACAACGACAACAGCCGCUCCUACUACAACCACAAGUGCACCUACAACUACCACAGAGGCUCCAACAACGACAACAGCUACUCCCACGACAACCUCAGCUGCCCCUACAACUACAACAGAGGCUCCCACUACAACCACAGCUGCACCUACAACAACAACAGAGGCUCCAACAACAACCACAGCUGCUCCCACUACAACCACAGCUGCCUCUACGACUACCACAGAGGCUCCAACAACGACCACAGAUUCUUCCACUACAACCACAGCUGGCCCUACAACUACCACAGAGGCUCCAACAACGACAACAGCUGAUCCCACUACAACCACAGCUGCACCUACAACAACAACAGAGGCUGCAACA